AUGCAUACCCUUAGACGUUUCAAGACCGUUCUUUUAGGCGAGGACACGUCGGUGGAAAGUAUCUACGCGCAACUUGAAUCAGGAGGAGUUCCCAUAGCAGACGUCGACUGUAGAAGUUGCUCUGACCCUUGCGACGAAGGGCACGAUCCUUAUCCUGCCAGAUUUGAUGUAGACAUGGAAAGUCAGAUGUUGGGUUCAGUAAAGCCCUAUCAUCGACAGAUUGUUAUUUCUACUGGUGUAACCGACUGGGACAGAGAUAUAUCCUCGACGAAAGGCACCCUUGCAUCAUACCUGGAACAUGUAACACAUCGACCCCGACUCUCUUCCUCCCCCUCACAGAAGAAAUCUUCCACAUCCGUCUCUGGAGUGUUUAAUUCAACAGGUCCUUCAACACGGAUCUCCGUUUUGAACGGCAGCCAUCGUACGUUGAGCGAAGACCCGGACAUGGACACAGUUUUGGUCUUUCCUGAUUACAAACUUGUAUGCGACAUCCCGAGGUCUGCAGAAGGUGCCCAAACGUUGUGGGAUACGUGUUUGGAUCCGCUGGAUGGACCUUUGUCGGAGAAGAGCACGUUGAGUACGUGGGUCAUACCGUAUUCUUGUGUCAUUUUGCUCUGUUCUCACAAACGUCGGGAUAACCGGUGUUCCAUCGCAGCUUCUAAACUUGGUCAAGAGUUCACACAUUCAUUAGAGAGAGAAGGAUGGUCGGUUGAUACCGAGGUUGAACAUCCGGAUUCGAAGCCAAUAGAAAGCUUAAAAGAAUCACAGGAGGAGUAUGUGUCGGAGAAGUUACGAGAGCUACCGACGAUGAAGAAAGCGCUUAUUUUACGGAAUUCCCAUACGGGUGGGCACAAGUUUGCUGGAAAUUGUAUUAUAUAUACUCCACAGGGAUACGGGGUGUGGUAUGGUCGUGUGUCUACGCACGAAGUGGAUGCAAUCGUUGUGAAUACAAUUCAGAAGGGUCUGGUGCUUCCACCAUUGCUGCGGGGUGGGGUUAAUAUAUCACGUCCUGGAUGCAAGUCCUUGAACGAUUGGUGA